UGCACCGCCAGUAACUAGCGUUCAUUAAAAUCUAAAGGAUGGUGUAAUAGUAGAAGGUAUCUUACAAAUUCAGAAAACUUGUCCUCGGCAUGGCUGACCAUGGGGACAUGGCCUCUUGGUACUCUCAUCCAGUUUAUGCUCGCUACUGGCAGCACUACCACCAGGCCAUGAGCUGGUACCAGAGACAUCGGCGGGCAUACAGGAAAGCAUUAGAGGCUGCCUAUGGGCUGGCCAUGGACCUGCCUCCGCCUGCUGCCAUGCCUCGCUAUGCAGACUGGCACGAAGGAGAGAGAGUAGGGAGAGGGCAGGGGGAACAGGUGCGGACUCGUGACCAGGUCAGUGAUGAAGGAACAGAUUCAGAGAGUGAGGAAGAGGAGGAGAGCGAGUUUGAGUGUGACGUCAGUAACAUGGACAUCUCUGAGGAGUUACGGCAAUACUUCGCCCAGACAGAGCGACACAGAGAAGAACUGAAGAAGCAACAGCAGAUGGAAGCAGAGCAGCAGGGAACAUACGUGUUGGCCGACCAGGACCUUCGCAGAGUUUCCUGGCGCAGCGCCCUGCCUCCGUCGGAACGUCCGGGCGAGCGCAGGAGUGCGGAGAUGAAGAAGCUGUACGGAAAAGAUGCCGCCAAGAUCCAAGGCAUGGAGACCGCUCUGCAGCUCUCUUUCGACCGCAACUGCGACAGAAAGCAGCCAAAGUACUGGCCUGUCAUCCCUCUCAACCUGUAAAACCAAUCUGAAAACUAAUAUACUAUAUGUACUAUAGACUGUGAUACCAGUCAGUUCUGUAAGAGGAAUUAGUUCAGUUUACAUGGAAGAUUGGAAUGAAGCAGAGAGAGAUAGAGAAAACAAUGCUUUUACUUUGUAAUAUUGUUUGACCUUGUACGGAAGCGAAAAGAAUGUUCUGUUCUGUUGAAGACUCUUAAAGCGUUAGCUACAACUGUUGCAGUGGAACAACUGGCUCCUUCUUUAAAAAAGCCUUGUAAUUUCUUGGUCUGCGGUUCUUAGGCUCUGAGGAGGUGACACAUUCUUAACCAGAGUAAUUAAACGCUACACUGUCCCUGUAAGAAUGGUCGGGCUAGUCUUCUACCAGAAUGUGUUCUUCAGCCUAACACAUUAAAGUGAUCUGUUGCCUGACUGUUGACAAGUAUUGUCACACUUUAAUGAAUUGCGGUUUAAAUUGUUACCAGUGGUUUUUCCAGUUACACAAAUGUAGCUGAACUGUAGAUUUGUAAGCUGUGUGGUGUCAUAUGCAGUUUUUUCCUUCUCUUUUUUUUUUUACUUAGAGAUACUUUGCUUACAGUACAGUGAUUUGGUUAUCUGAUGGAAACAUGCAAAGAGCUUUUAAAAAAAAAAAAAAAGAGUAGGACUGGUUUUCACUCUUUUGGUUGUCUUAAAAACGACAUUACAUAACAGCAUUUUCAAACGAUUUUUUUGUCUCAUAUUAGGCUACUCUGUGACAAUACAUUAUCCUUACGUGUUUGUUCUUGCUGUAAAAUGAAAAAUGGGUCCAUUAAUUUGUUGUUAAACGAUUAAUCUUAAGCCCAACCAUCCUUACUUCCCCUAAGUUAACUGAAAUCCAUAAAGGAUAGCAGUGCAGCCUCCAUCUCAAACACGGCCCUUUUGAUGUCAUCGUUUCCACCUAACUAGGUCACUGCCUCCCCCACAGUCUCUGUUAAUGCGUUUGUCUAUGCCUUUUCUCAAUUUCCCAUGCAGGCUGCUGUAGCCGAUACACUUUUAUGUGAAACACACACUUUUAUACGU